AUGGCGGCUGCUGAGACUGUUGGCAGCAAGAAAAAGAAGAAGGGGAAAACCCAGGUCGAAGAGAAGAUUGAGUCAUUUGAAACACCAAGUAAGCCUGACGGCUUCCAGGACAUCAAGUUGGAUGAGCCCGUGAGGACGUCUUUGGAUAUCAGUUUUAGGGGUAGUAGUACUACUACACCCGAGCCUAAGUCCAACUUUCUUAGUACGUGGCGUGGUGGCUGGGGUAGUGGUCUCGGGGGCCUAUUUGGGUCCAAAGACGCUGACCACCCCAAAGAUAAAGAAGAGAGGAGGGAGGAGAAAAAGGAAGAGGCGAACGCCAGUGCGUGGAGCAUUGAUGGGUCCAAGCCUAAGAAGAAGGAUAAGACAGGAUUCGGAUUCGGAUCUUUUGACGAAACGGAAGGUAAAGCUGAAGCGCCCAUCUCUAAGAGGAAGUCUGAGGAGAAGUCCGAGAGUUUUGACCUCGGCCUGGGUUCGGCUAAAAAGGACAAGAGUAAGAAGAAGAGCAGCGUCUGGGACACCGAGCCCCUGCCCGAGGAGGAAAUACCAGCCGCAAGCAAGGAAUUGGGGUCAACUGCACUCGAUGACAACUGGGGAAGCCCCUGGGAAACUACCACUACCGCCACCAAGAAAAAGAGCAAGAAGGAUUCUACUGUCAUAGCGCCUGAGCCUGAAAAGACUGAGCCUAUCGUUAAUACUGUUAAUAAUACCCCAGCUGCUAUCGACUUGCUUGUCCCCCCAUCUAAGAAGGAUAAGAAAAAGAAGAAAGGUACCAUCGAAGAAACCCCCGAGCCCGAGCCCGAGCCCCCAGCACCGGAGCCAGAGCUAGACCCAGAACCAGAGCCUGCAAAAGAGGAGAACCCUUGGAGCGACACAUUCGGGACGUCCUCUAAGAGAAACAAGAAGAAGGGAAUUGAAACACCCAAGGGGUCUGACCCGCCUGUUCCUAAUGCAGAACCCGAGACUUCGACUCUUGAUAGUGGCUGGGGCUGGGGCGUAAAGGACAAAAAGAAGAGUAAAAUGACAGAGGUUUCGAAGGUAGAAGGGUUAACUCCGCAGUCUGAACCUACGAAUAAGGAGGAAGACAGUUUUUGGGACUCCAUGGCUACGAAGAAAGAUAAGAAAAAGAACGGUAAAACUACAAAUACCACACCGGAACAUGUCGUCGAGAUAGUAGAGGAGAAAGCUGAGCCCAAGCCCAAGCCCAAGCCCAAGCACGAUGAUCCUUGGGAGGUUUUCGGGGUCACCAAGAAAGACAGGAAGAAGAAGACGAAAGACCCCGAGCCUGAGCCUAUUCCAGAGCCAGUAGUUAAGCCUGAGCCUGAGCCUGAGCCUGAGCCUCAGCUUGAGCUUGAGCCUGAAUCCGAAAAGAAGAACGACUGGCCGAAUUGGGAUGUACCUAUAACCAAGAAGAAAAGCAAAAAGAGCAAAGGUGCCGAGGAAAUUAAGGAGUCCGAGCUGGUGCCGACACCAGAGCCCCCAACAGAGCCGGAGAAGAAGGAAGACGACUGGGGUAUUUUCGGUAAAUUAACUAAGAAGGACAAGAAAAAGAAGAACGUCCUUGCAGAUGAGCUACCUGAAGAGAUCCCCAAGGAGCCUGAACCUGAGCCGGAGCCCCCAAAGAAGGAAACUGACGAUUUUCUCUCUUUUGCAACUAUAACGAAGGAGAAGAAAAAGAAGAAGAAGAAAGAUGUGACGGAGCCCGAACCGGAACCAGAGCCUAUCCCAGAGCAAGCGCAAGAGCCGGAACCGGAGCCGGAACUAGAACAGGAGCCUAUAAAAGAAACCAAACCUGCGGAGGACGAUCUUUGGGGUUUGUUUGGCGCUGGCUCAAAAAAGGAUAAGAAAAAGAAGAAAAAAACUACCACGGAAGAUCCUCCUAAAGAACCAGAGCUUGUUCCCGAGCCUAUACCAGAACCGGAACCGGAACCAGAAAAAGUCGAGCCUACUAACGACCGGGGUGCAUGGGGCACUUCAAGUAAGGACCUAGGAAAGGGUAAGAAGAAAAAGAGCAUCUUAGACGAGCUUGCUCUCAAGAAGUCGGAGUCGGAACUAAAGCCAGAAGUACUUUCCACUCAAAAUGAUGAUGAUGAUGCGUGGGGCCUCAGCACCUCUAAAAAGGAUAAAAAGAAGAAGAGUAAGACAACCACUGUCCCGGAAAAGCCGCCCAAGGAAGAGAAAGUGCCACCACCAGCUCCAUCUACCUCUGAGCCAGAACCCGAACGGGAACCCACUUCUACUUCAGCUACUGAGCAACCGAGCGCUUGGAGCUUUUGGGGUGCUGCCAAGAAGCCUGCCAAGAAAGCGAAGGAGGAGUCACCUGUUGAUGAAGGUAAUGAAGGUUGGCUGGGCUGGGGUAAGAAGAAAAUCCAGGCAUCAACAGCUCUUGUCGAAACCAAUACAGAUCCAGAGUACGAAGACUCGGAGCCAGCGCCUGCCGUACCUGAAGCCGACGACUUCUGGGGUAGUUUCCCAGCCGAUAAAGACAAAAAAGAAAAUAAUCUGAUGCCGGACUCGAUCGAAGAGCCCAAGAAUGACGACCCCUGGGCCAGCAGAUCAAAGAAAGACAAAAAGAAGAAGAACAGUAAGAAUAUUCCGGUCGAGAUAGAGAACGAGCCUCACCUUAACGGUGUCAAACCCGACUCGGUAGAAGAGAGUAGGGGUGGCAAUUUUGACGACGACGACUGGAAUUGGGGACUAGGCAAAGGCAAGAAGACAUCUCCACCCCCAGCACCUACACCACCUUCAUUGGAAAUGAGUAUGUCAGGCCAAGAACUGGAAGAGAAUGUCUGGGAUGAUGCUAAAGCUGGAGAAAACGAGGAAGAAAAGAGAGCAGCUGCGGAAUUAGCAAAUCAGAUUGCCGCCGAAGAAGACGAGCUGUCAACGCUAAUAACUAAGAGCAAAAAGAAAAAACUCUCUAAGUCCAGUCAAAGAAGAUUCGAUGAGCUCACUGCAAAUGCCAAGCGUCGUGCUAAGGAGAAAGCUGCUAAAGAAGCUGAAGAGUUGGCCCAACGAGAGGCUGAGGAGAUGGCUUCGGUGGAAGCCCUGGAAGCAGAGCAAAAGGCUGCGGCGGAAGCCCAAGAGGCCGAAGAGCAAGCCGCCGCAGCGCUUGCAGACGAAAUCGCCGAAGAGGAAGCCGAGUUUGCCGCACUCACAGCUAAGAGCAAGAAAAAGAGGAAGCUCAAGACGGCAGAUCAGAUGAGACUUGAUGAACUUACCGAGAGAGCCCAGGCCCGUGCGGAAGCGAAAGCGUCCAAAGAAGCACAAGAUCAAGAGGCACUUGACGCAGAACGAGAGGCGCAAGAAGUUGAGGAGCAAGCAGCGCGAGAGGCUGAAGAGCAGAGGGAACAAGAAGCUCAGGAACAAGCGGCGCGUAAGGCAGAAGAAGAGGAAGCUCGCGAGGCCGAGGAGCUAGCUAGGCGCGAAUGCGAAGAAGCUGAAGCAGCAGCCAAGAAGAAGUCGAAAAAGAGCUCUAAGUCCGAAGAUAAAAAGUCGAAAUCCAGCAGCGCCAAGGAUAAAGUGUCUAAAAAAGAGAAGGAGAAGGAGAAGGAGAAGGGGCGAGAAAGAGAGAGGGAGGAGAGGGAGAGAGAAGAGAAGGAAAAAGAGAAUAGCAAGGACGAUGAUGACCUGGAUCUUGAUAAUAUUGAUCUCGCUCCCGAACAGAUCGACGAGCUUUUGUCUGGUUUCUCGGCCCCUAAAAUACAGCCUCAGCCUAAACCUAAGGCCGAGACGUAUAAAUCUGAUGCAUUUUCAUUCUGGGGUGCUAGGGCGAAGAGCUCGUCACCCGAACCGGUAAGUAGCCCUAAGAUGCCCAAGAGUUCGGGAGCAGCCGAGAUUAUAUGUGCUGAGUCAUCAAAGCUUCCAGAAGAACCCCCCGUUGAGGAUGCCCCAUCAUCUUCGAAAACUCCCACAACUGAUGAUGACUGGAUGAAGCCAAGGAAAACUAAGGCCAAGAACGGUAAGCUUGCCGAAAAGCUUAGGAAAUUCGAACCGGCCAAAGAGGAAGAAGACGAUGAUUUGAUUGACGGGCUGGCUGCGCCGCCGCCACGUGUUCGUGUCGCACCACCCAUCGAAGAAGAUAACAAAUUUAGGUCCUCUAGAGACAUACUCCCCGGGGGCUUCCCUGACGAAGAUGAAAACGAAAUCGUCGACAUCGUUGAUAUGGCGCCAGUACAGAAGAAAAAGAAAAGCAGUAAGAAGAGCAAAACCAAGGCCGUCGAGGCACCCCCUCCACCACCUGAGGUUCCUAUUCCACCACCACCUCCCGAAGUGCCCAUCCCCCCUCCAGCUGCCCCGGACGAGCCCCCUACACCGCCACCCGAGGUCAAGUCCUCUAGGAGAGAUCGACCCAAGAUCAGCCGUGAAGGUAGUGCAUCACGGGGAGUGUGGUCGGCAACACCUCACAAAGAGGAGAGGAGGUCAAAGCCGAGAUUCGAAGAGAAGAGGACCCGGAAAGAGAAAGAGAAGUCAUCUUCUUCCAAGGGCUCGUCGUCAGAAAGGGAUAAUAAAUCCGAAGAGCACCCAGAGAAAAAAUUGCCACCAGCUACCAAUCUACGCACGAACAGUAUAUUCCAGAGCACGCCCCCUAUCUCGCGCUCCAUGUCAACCCGCGAUAAACGCUACAGUGCGAGCAAGUCGACUUCGCGUCGCCAUUUGGAUGAUAUUGCAAAUGGAUUAGUGUCGCCACCGCCUGAGGAAAUACCUAUGAUGUCCUCCAAGGCUGCCAAGAUCUUCGGUGUUGACAAGAGCGAAAAGAGUCGCAGCCGCAAGACCUCUAUGACACGCGCCUUGGAUGAUGAGGAAAUCGUCAUGGUCGGGGCCGGAGAAGUUCCUUCGAGCCCUGAGAAGUCGGCUCGUAGACGGCCAAAGGUAGGAGCUCACCGCUAUACAAAAUUUGUCCUUGCUAACCCAAAACAGCCCAGAACCGAGGAUGAUGCGGUCAUGUUUGAUAUAGGAAACCCUGCCGAUGCAACCCCUCUCAAGCGAUCGAGCUCGAGUGCCAAGAAAGGCUUUGCUGGUCUUUUUGGGGGCCUCAGGUCCUCGAAUCCGCGCCCCGAAUCACGUCCCGAAACGCGUCCCGAGCCACGUCGUCGCAGUACAUACUACACUACGGACGAUGAAGUUCGGCCUGACAAGAGGGCUAGGCGGUCCACGCGAGAUUAUCACGUUGUCGACGCAGAUGCCAUAGACGACGAGAGAGAGGCCCGCCGCGCAGCUCGCCGUGCCAGAAGAGCCGAAGAGAAGGCGAUAGAAGAAGCGCGUCUAGCGAAAGAAGAGGAAAGGCGCGAGAGGCGGAGAAGGUAUGAAGAGGACGCCGAAGCUCGUAAACAAGCUGAACGCGAGGCCCGACGAACUGAGCGUAGGGCUGCCCGGGAACGCGAAGCAGAGCGCCUUGCAGUCGAAGCCAAAGAAGCUGAGAGAGCCGAACGACGUCGGCUUCGUAGACUUGAAAAGGAGGCUGCUGCCGCCGAGGAGAUGGAAGCAGAAGCUCGCCGCGCUGCUCGGGCUGAACGGCGGCGACCACGCUAUGCUGACGCUUCUGAGGACGAAGAAGAACGUCGACGGAGGAGACACGACGCCAGGCGUGCCGAAGAAAAGGUCAAUCGAAGACGUACCAUGCCGGUCGAAGAUUAUGUCUACCCUCAGGAAAGAUCUUCACGACAUGCUGUAGAUGAUCGUGAUCGCAGACGAAGUAGACCUGCGGUUUGGCCUCACUCGGGUACAGAUUCCUGGGUGAAGGAGCAUUCAGAGUCUGGACCACCCCCUGAGGAUGGCCCCACUACCGAUGCGCCUCCUGAGGACGACGAAGAAGCUCGCCGUGCUGCACGACGAGCACGCCGUCGCGCAAAGCAUGGUGAUAUCGAUGCAGAAAUAGAGGACGACCGACGACGCCGCCGUGCGCGCCACGAGGAACGGGAUCAACGAGACCAACGGGAUCGUCGAGAUCGUCGCGUAGGCGGUUCGGACGGUAGUGGUGAUAAGAAUGGUGCCAAAGGUGGCCCGCGCGAAUCUUUCUUCACAGACUCGACACCUCGAAGCAGUUGGUGGAGGAAGCUUACUGGCUCUUGA